AUGAUGCUAAAUACAACCAUAAUCGUCUACACCCUCACCGCAACUCUCGCAGCCCGUCUUCUCCUGCUGCUCUACCACCAAUUAUCCUCGCCACUUCGUCAUAUCCCAGGCCCCCUUUGGGCCCGUUUCACUCGAGGAUGGUAUUUCUGGAGAGUCUCAAAGGGCUACUUCGAACAGGACGGCAUUUCUCUACACAAGCAAUAUGGUCCCAUCGUGCGACUUGCGCCGGGCUGGUAUAGUUGCAAUAGCACCGAUGCUUUGAAAAAGAUAUAUGCGCCUGGAUCAAAGUUUACGAAAUCGGAUUGGUAUGAUGGAUGGAGACAUCCGCACCCCAGUCAGUGGACUUUGUUUACGGAUAAGAAUAAUAAACGGCAUGGUUUGUCUGAUGUUGUCUCUGGGGGUGAGCUGGGGGCUAUACUGAUCAGUGCUAAUGCGAAAGAGGCUGCAGGCGAGGCGAAGAAGACGUUUUCAGCUCUAUACUCACUCACAUCCUUGGUGAGCUAUGAACCUUUCGUGGAUCGCUGCGUUGAUUUGUUCCUUGAUCGACUGCAUGAGUUUUCGCACUCCGGUACCGAGAUUGACCUCGGAUACUGGAUGCAGUGCUACACCUUUGAUGUUAUCGGAUGCAUAACCUAUGGAGAGAGAUACGGCUUCCUAGACGAAGGCCAGGACAUCCAAGGCGCCAUCCAAGCCGUCGGCUCAAUCGGGCGUUUCUCAACCCUAAUGGGCAUAUACUCCGAAUGGUACCCCCUCGCCUUCAAACUCAACGGCUACUUGAACGACUCAGGCGCUGGAGGCCGCACCUUCGUCGCCAAUUUUGCGCGCGAAAAGAUCGAAAAACACAAGCAGGAGCAACAAGAGGAACAUCUCGAAAAGGGAGGGGAUGUGAAAAUUCUUGAUAGGGAUGGCAUUUCCCGAGAGCCGUUCAUGACGAAGAUGAUUAAAUCGCAUAGCAAUGUCAUUGCCGGGUUUGAUACGACGGCUAUCAGUCUCACGGCGAUGAUGUACCAUCUUCUCAAGACGCCUCGCGUAUUACAAAAACUGCGAGAUGAGCUUAACGCCGCUAGAGCAAGCGGGAAAUUGACUGGCAAGGACCGCAUCAAUUUCCACGAAAGUCAAGACCUGCCUUAUUUCAAAGUAGUUGUCAAAGAAGCGUUGCGGGUGCAUUCUGCUGCUGGACUUCCGUUUUGGCGUGUUGUCCCCGAGGGUGGAGUGGACAUUGAAGGAAUUCAUUUCCCCGAGGGGACUGUCCUGGGUGUAAGUAGUUGGGUUGCGCAUUACAACGAAGAUGUUUUUACGGAUCCGACCGAGUUCCGACCUGAGAGGUGGAUUGAUCAGGAUGAAACUAACCUCAAGGCUAUGAAUGAGCUGUAUAUGCCGUUCGGCCUCGGUUCUCGAACAUGCAUUGGACGACACAUUUCGACCUUGGAAAUGUCAAAACUGAUUCCUGUCUUGGUUGACAAGUUUGAUUUCGAGAUUGUCUCCUCGCCAGCCAAGGAAGGGGACUGGGAGACUGAGAAUUUUUGGUUUGUGAAGCCUCAUAACCUCAAGGUGCGAGUGUACGAGAGGCGGUGA